AUGUCCACCCAAUCAACAGAUGGCGAGAAGCACCAAACGAAAGAACCCGCUGUAGUGGAUGUCCAAGAUGGAUACGAAUCCCACGAUGUUGAGGUCGGAGUGGUCACCAAGGGCGAGCCCCUUCAACGAAACCUCCACAAUCGGCACAUGCAGAUGAUUGCUAUCGGUGGUGCCAUCGGUGCAGGUCUUUUUGUUGGCUCUGGAGGAGCGCUUCGAACUGGCGGUCCAGCCGCUUUGGUUAUCGGCUACCUGAUUGUUGGAAUCAUGUUGAUGUUCACGACCCAAGCACUCGCUGAGAUGGCAGUACUUUACCCUGUCAACGGUGCCUUUUAUACCUAUGUCUGCCGAUUCGUCGACCCAUCCUGGGGCUUCGCAAUGGGCUGGGAAUAUGCUAUGGCCUGGCUAACUGUUCUUCCCUUCGAGCUCAUCGCAGCCAGUAUCACGAUCAAAUUCUGGCGCGAUGACAUUAACAUGGGUGUCUGGGUAACCGUCUUUCUCGUUGUACUCAUCGUCAUUCAAGUCUUCGGUGUCCGCGGCUAUGGAGAGGUCGAGUUCGUUCUCAGCAUCAUCAAGAUCGCCGCUUGCACGGGCUUCAUCAUUCUCGGCAUCGUCAUCAACUGUGGUGGCGUUGGUGACAGGGGUUAUCUCGGCGUGAAGUACUGGCAUGAUCCGGGCGCCUUCCAAAAUGGCUUCAAUGGUUUUGCUAGUGUCUUCGUUGUUGCAGCUUUUGCGUUUGGCGGCACUGAGCUUGUUGGCCUGGCCGCCGCCGAAUCAACAGACCCGCGCAAAUCCAUUCCCAUGGCUUCCAAGCAGGUCUUCUGGCGCAUCGCAUUCUUCUAUAUUGUCAAUCUCCUUAUACUCGGCCUCAUUGUCCCCGCUAAUGACCCCCGUCUCAUGGGCUCCUCCGGCGCAAACACCAAGGCGUCCCCCUUCGUCCUUGCCAUCCAGGAUGCCGGCAUCCAGAUCCUCCCUUCGAUUUUUAACGCUGUCAUUACCAUCGCUGUCAUUUCGGUCGCAAACUCCUGCACAUUUGGUUCAACCCGCACAAUGCAGGCCAUGGCUGAGCGGGGCAUGGCGCCUCGCUUCCUUGCCUAUGUUGACAAGAAGGGCCGCCCCCUUUGGUGCAUCGCGGUCCAGAUUGCCUUCGGAUUGCUUGCGUUCAUUGGCGAGUCCGCAGACAGCAGCACCGUCUUUGGCUGGCUCCUCGCCCUUACUGGUCUGGCUUACCUCUUUGUUUGGGGCUCCAUCUGCAUGGCGCACAUCCGCAUGCGUAUGGCCUGGAAACUGCAGGGCUACACUCUCGACCAGAUCCCCUAUAAGGUACCACUUGGCAUCUGGGGAAGCGUCAUCGGCCUUGCUCUCAACCUUCUCUGUCUUGCGGCCACAUUUUAUAACGCUCUUUACCCCUCCCCUGGUGCCAAACCUGACGCUGAGGCAUUCUUCAAGGCCUACCUUGCUGCUCCCAUUGCCGUCUUCCUCUACCUCCUCUGGAAGGUCAUCUCGCGCGACUGGCGUUUGUAUGUACCCCUUCACGAGAUCGACCUCAACUCUGGUGUCCGCCUCCAGGAUCCUAGCGAAGAACCUAUGCCCGAGAAGACAUGGGCAAACCUCCCGCGCCGGAUUGCACGUGCUCUGUUUUAA